AAUCGUUGCCACUGAUGGGCAGAUCUGCAAUUUUGGGCGAUCAGCGGAAUAACUAUUUCUGUGAUGUGUCGUGCGGUCGGCCCAAUAUGGCUGACUCGACGUAUGCCAUCACCAAAUCUGGUCUAUUGUGCGAAUUCAACAGUAGACGACUUCUUGACAAAUGGGUUGAGUUGAGAACAACGAGUGCCAACUGUAUCAGUAUUAGUGAUGAGUUAAUAUGUGUGGGAUGUGCUCAAGGGAUUGUCAGAUGUUUUAACCCAAAGAACUUGCAUUUCGUGUGCACUCUGCCCCGACCCCACUCACUGGGUAUUGACAUCGCCCGAGGAUUUACCAGAAAUGAUUUAAGUGCGGGAUCGGCCGCCACUUCUAACGUAAAAUACCCGGAUACUAUUGCAUUAUCUUUGGAUGCAACCAAUGAAGUGGUCACUUGUGUUUAUGGGGACAGAAGUAUUUACUUCUGGACUAUUUCUAAUAUGAAAAAGAUUGGAAAAUUGCAUUCGUUUUUAUACCAUUCGAGUUGUAUUUGGGCCGUUGAGACGUACCCGAAUCUGCCCAACAGUGCCAAACAGUUGCUGCCUUCGGGAACAUUCCUCACGUGUUCCUCUGAUGACACGAUCCGUAUCUGGAAUUUAGAUGUUCUCAAAGGUUCUCAAGAAUCCAAUUAUGUCUACAAAAGGAAUAUUUUUAGCGCAGAGUUACUAAAGAUUUUAUAUAUGGAUCCGGAGUUGUCUUACAUCUGCGACGUCGACGUCAAUCCCAAUGAGAAUAACGACAAACCAGAGACUACUUAUGACGGGAAGAAUGGCGUCCGAUCGCUACGAUUAUCGCCCGAUGGCAGACAUUUAGCUUCUGGCGAUCGUUCGGGAAAUAUAAGAAUAUUUGAUUUGGAAUUACAACAAGACUUAUGCAAAAUAGAAGCACACGAUUCAGAGGUGCUUUGUCUCGAGUAUUCAGAUGAACACCAUUUUGAUGGCAAGUCACUGUUGGCGUCCGCCAGUCGUGACCGACUCAUCCAUAUAUUUGAUGUCAAACAACAGUAUUCAUUCGUACAAACAAUGGACGAUCACUCGUCUUCUAUAACUGCCGUUAAAUUUGUCCGAAAUAAUGAUCACAAAAGCUUACAAAUGAUUAGUUGUGGGGCCGAUAAGUCCAUCAUUUUUAGGAAAGGGACUGAAGCUAAUGUGGAUGUCGAACAGAAUUACGCUCUGACUGCAUGUCAGGACCGUAUGAUUAGAGUAUAUGACGUGAAGUCUGGGAAAAAUACAACAAAUUUUAAGGGUUCGCAGGGAGACGACGGAACUCUCAUUAAAAUAGCACUCGACCCCAGCGGACAGUUUAUUGCCACCAGUUGUACCGAUAAAAGUCUGUAUAUCUAUGACUAUCAAACGGGUGAAUGUUUGGCUGCAACCAGCGGUCAUUCAGAACUGGUAACUGGACUUAAGUUUUCACAAAACGGCAAGAAUUUAAUAUCAGUUUCGGGCGACGGAUGUGUUUUUAUUUGGAAACUUCCCAACGAAAUGGUGAAUUCAAUUGCUUCCAAACUUGGACUACCAGUCGUUCCUUUGGUGGAAAGUCCUAAAAUUGAAAUCCCAACCAAACCUCCACUUAUUACCAAUGAUAACAAUGAAGAGAACUCAUUGAAUGGCAAUAACUCAGCGCUUUAUCGAUUUAAUCUCAAAUCACUGCCUCUUUGGGCAAAGAAGCAAAUGGUGGAAGAGUUGAGUCGUGACCCCAACGCUAAGGGAGAGUUAGAACCGUCAGCAAAGCCUGCGGUACCGGCAAAGGGUCGAUGGGCUCAGAGAAUGGAAAACAGCCAAAAUCUAGUCGUUAAAUCAUAUUUGCCUGAAGACACUGUCAUUCCAUACCCGACCGCCAAAACCCAGAACACCAAUGGUUUUGCAAAUGAUAAGGAUUUGAAUAGUAGAAUACAAACUGAUAAAAAUGGGGACUUUCGGUACCGCAUGACUGACUCUUCUUCUGCGAGUAGUUUCACGCGUGAAGACGACGAAGACAUCAAUACCACUGAUAGCGAUAACACCGGUUAUUCCAAUGACAAGCUCUCGGGUUCAGUGUUCAAAGUGAAUGAAUCGCCAGACAAUCAUAAGAAUAGGAAAUCAAAGAACGCUUUGAAGCGCUAUUCAGGCAUAGGAGUCGUGCCGUCCAUAAGUGUCCCCAACUUUAACGAACUUCAUAGCGAUGAAGACGACGACUCGAACACCACUGCGGGUGAGAGCGACCGGAGCGCCAACACUAAGAACCCUAUUUACAUGAGUACUGAGAACUUGGAUCGAAUCGAUCAGAGGGAGAAGUACUUGAAGAGUGCUUUCGAGAAUUUGGAUAAAUUAAAUGACAGCCAGUUAUCCGAUAAAAACACCAAUCGAUCCGAUUCUUUGACACCCAAUCGAUCGAGUAUUUCAUCCAAAUAUCAUUCAAAGACUUCUCCCAUCAGUCCUAUUAGUAAUACAACUAAUGACGAAAGGGUUGGCAAACAGAUGAACAGUAGGACUCCAUUGACUUCAAAGCCUCCCAUUUCUAAACGAAGGGAAGAGCUGACGAAAGCAAUCAGUGAAGCGCGAAAGAAACUCCAAACGUUGGGAUGGAAGGGCUCGGGUUUGAGUAACUCUAAAAGUGUGGCCAAUUUGAGAGAUUAUAACUUUGAAUCCGAUUCCAAAGAUGUUAAUGGAAAUGAUGCCUCAGAAGCUAUACGUCGAUCAAUAUCUUUAAGCGAUCUAUCAUUUGGACCCCAAAAGAAACUGUUGUCUAAAUCUACGCUAAAUUUGAAUUCUACCGGUAAUAGUUCAGCACCUCUUUGGGAUAAAAAUCGUAACAGCGAUGGGAUGUCUCGAAGCACUAGUAUUAGUACAUUAAGUAAAGUCGAUAGCAUUAAAUCGGUUUCACUAAAGAGCAAAGGCUUGUGGAGUAACAGUACAUCCCAGACGUCUCUCAGACCUAAUGUCAUCUACGAGUCAAACGGUUCCACUCAUAAAAGAGCCGUCCCUUCAGACGCAUACACAGACCAGAAGCCGAAGGCUUUGGAAGAAACACCCGUUAAGUUGCGAAGCAAUAGCUCGUCCUCAGGCAGUGGUCUGUGGGCCACACCUCCUCUGCCUCUCAUUCAAAAUGAAGGACUCGACCUAUCGAUGACUAAUCCAUCGACCAUUCCUUUAACUCAAGAACUCUGCCAACUAGUGGUCAAUGAGUUGAACUCAAUCUCGAGAUAUGCGGUUAGAAUACUGGAGCGCUCGGCAGAGACUGGAAACGCAAAUAUGAGACAAUUCUUAAGUGAAAACAUAUCCAAGACUUGUCAUAGUCUGCAAUCAUCGGUGACACCGACGCCCGCCUUACAAGGGAUGCACCGGAAUAGCGAUGCACUGGUAGUUCCCAAUCAAUCAAACAUUCCAUACAAUGAUUCCAAUUAUAGUCUUCCACCGGAAAGUAUGACACAAGCGAUGACUUUAUUACAGCAAUACUCCGACAAAUUGCUUAAUUUAGUCGAACAGAGAAUCACUAAAAAGGAGUAAUUUUGACUAAAAAUAUACAUUUUUAGUGCCUUUCCAUUAGGACUUGCCUUUCAUUAAGUUUGCCUUAAAUAUUCCGUUUUUAUUCCAAUCAUUGCAUGAAUUGAUUAUAUUUUAAAUUAUUAUAAAUACACAAUAGAUCUCUAUUUUAAGCUUCCAUUUGUAAGAUACAUG